GACACGGGCACAGACACAGAGGGGCAGGUGUAGGGCCCCCGCCAUGCCCCAUUGAGCCCGCCCGCAGCCCGUCCGCAGCGCCCGCCCGCCACCCCGGCUGCCCCGCAGCCGCCGCCCGCCGCCAAGCUGGAGGAACGCCGCAAGCCCGAGCCCCGGAGGAUGGAGGACGAGGCAGUACUGGAUAGAGGGGCUUCCUUCCUUAAACAUGUAUGUGAUGAAGAAGAAGUGGAAGGUCACCACACCAUUUACAUCGGGGUCCAUGUGCCGAAGAGCUACCGGCGGAGGAGGCGUCACAGAAGAAGAGCUGGGCACAAAGAAAAGAAAGAAAAGGAGAAAAUCUCGGAGAACUACUCGGACAAAUCAGACGUAGAAAACACUGACGAGACAAGCAGCAGCAUCCUUAAACCACUCAUCUCCCCCGCCGCCGAGCGCAUCCGUUUCAUCCUCGGAGAGGAAGAUGACAGCCCCGCGCCCCCGCAGCUCUUCACCGAGCUGGACGAGCUUCUGGCUGUCGAUGGACAGGAGAUGGAGUGGAAGGAGACUGCAAGGUGGAUCAAGUUUGAGGAGAAGGUAGAGCAAGGUGGGGAGCGAUGGAGCAAACCGCACGUGGCCACCUUGUCCCUGCACAGCCUGUUCGAGCUGAGGACGUGCAUAGAGAAGGGCUCCAUCAUGCUGGAUAUGGAGGCUUCUUCCCUCCCACAGGUGGUGGAGAUGAUCGUUGACAAUCAGAUCGAAACGGGGCUGCUGAAACCUGACCUGAAGGACAAGGUUACCUACACGCUGCUCAGGAAGCACCGGCACCAGACCAAGAAAUCCAACCUGCGCUCGCUGGCUGACAUUGGAAAGACCGUCUCCAGUGCAACGCGCAGCCCGCUGGAGAGCUCGGUGCCCUGCCUGGCCACGCGCACGCUGGACGAUGAGCUGGGAGUGCCGCGCAGCCCCAGCGUGGGAUGGCUCAGCAGCCCAGCCAUGGCUCACCGAAACCUGACCUCCACCAGCCUCAACGACAUCUCAGACAAGCCUGAGAAGGACCAGCUGAAGAACAAAUUCAUGAAGAAGCUGCCUCGUGACGCUGAGGCCUCCAACGUGCUGGUGGGGGAGGUGGAUUUCCUGGAGAGCCCCUUCAUUGCCUUCGUGCGGCUGCAGCAGGCGGUCAUGCUGGGAGCGCUCACCGAGGUCCCUGUCCCCACACGAUUUCUCUUCAUUCUGCUGGGACCAAAGGGCAAAGCCAAGUCCUAUCAUGAGAUCGGCCGAGCCAUUGCCACACUGAUGUCAGAUGAGGUAUUCCAUGACAUUGCCUAUAAAGCCAAGGACCGUCAGGACCUGAUCGCAGGCAUCGAUGAAUUUCUGGAUGAAGUCAUUGUGCUCCCCCCUGGGGAAUGGGAUCCAGCCAUUAGGAUAGAGCCCCCCAAGUCUCUCCCUUCUUCAGAUAAGAGGAAGAACAUGUACUCGGGUGGGGAGAACGUGCAGAUGAACGGCGACACGCCCCAUGACGGCGGCCACGGCGGCGGCGGCCAUGGCGACUGCGAGGAGCUGCAGCGCACGGGCAGAUUCUGCGGGGGCUUGAUCAAAGACAUCAAGAGGAAAGCACCGUUCUUCGCCAGUGACUUCUACGACGCUUUGAACAUCCAGGCCCUCUCAGCCAUCCUCUUCAUCUACCUGGCCACUGUCACCAAUGCCAUCACUUUUGGGGGAUUGCUUGGGGAUGCUACGGAGAACAUGCAGGGCGUGUUGGAGAGCUUCUUGGGCACCGCUGUCACCGGCGCCGUGUUCUGCCUCCUGGCUGGCCAGCCCCUCACCAUUCUGAGCAGCACAGGACCUGUCCUGGUCUUUGAAAGACUCCUCUUCAAUUUCAGCAAGGACAAUGACUUUGACUACCUGGAGUUCCGCCUCUGGAUCGGCCUCUGGUCAGCCUUCCAGUGUCUCAUUCUCGUGGCCACCGACGCCAGCUUCCUGGUCAAGUACUUCACCCGCUUCACCGAGGAAGGGUUUUCCUCCCUCAUCAGCUUCAUCUUCAUUUAUGAUGCUUUCAAGAAGAUGAUCAAGCUGGCAGAUCAUUAUCCCAUCAACUCCCAGUUCAAGGUGGACUAUAUCACUCAUUACUCUUGUGCCUGUAAACCACUAGAUCCAGUUAAUAGCUCAUUACUUAACAGGACCAUGGUGCUGUCAGACUAUGAGCUGGUCUCUCCCUCCUCUGAGCUGGCCAACAGCACCAUUGACUGGGCAGCUCUGACAGCCAAGGACUGCUUGAAGUAUGGGGGUCAGCUUGUGGGCAACAACUGUGACUAUGUCCCUGACAUCACCCUCAUGUCUUUCAUCCUCUUCUUUGGCACUUACACCUGCUCCAUGGCCCUGAAGAAAUUCAAGACCAGUCGCUACUUUCCCACCACUGCCCGGAAGCUCAUCAGUGACUUUGCCAUUAUCCUGUCCAUUUUGAUCUUCUGUGGAAUUGAUGCCCUGGUUGGUGUGGACACACCAAAACUAAUUGUGCCAAGUGAAUUCAAGCCAACCAGUCCCGAGAGGGGUUGGUUUAUCCCACCUUUUGGAGGGAACCCGUGGUGGGUGUACCUGGCAGCAGCCAUCCCUGCCCUGCUGGUGACCAUCCUCAUCUUCAUGGACCAGCAGAUCACCGCCGUCAUCGUCAAUAGGAAGGAGCACAAGCUCAAGAAAGGUGCUGGAUAUCAUCUGGAUUUGUUCUGGGUGGCCAUUCUGAUGAUUGUCUGCUCCUUUAUGGGGCUGCCCUGGUACGUGGCUGCUACCGUCAUCUCCAUCGCUCACAUCGACAGCCUGAAGAUGGAGACGGAGACUUCAGCCCCUGGAGAGCAGCCCAAGUUUUUGGGAGUGAGGGAGCAGAGAGUCACUGGUGUGAUCGUUUUCAUCCUGACCGGGGUGUCUGUCUUCAUGGCUCCCAUCCUGAAGUUCAUUCCCAUGCCCGUGCUCUAUGGUGUCUUCCUCUACAUGGGAGUUGCAUCCCUCAACGGCGUGCAGUUCAUGGAUCGACUGAAGCUGCUCUUGAUGCCUCUAAAACACCAGCCUGACUUCAUCUACCUGCGCCACGUCCCGCUGCGCAGGGUGCACCUCUUCACCUUCUUGCAGGUGGUGUGCCUGGCCCUCCUCUGGAUCCUCAAAUCCACCGUGGCUGCCAUCAUAUUCCCUGUCAUGAUCUUGGCCCUGGUGGCAGUCAGAAAAGCCAUGGACUACCUCUUUUCCCAGCAUGACUUAAGCUUUCUUGACGACGUCAUUCCAGAAAAGGACAAGAAGAAGAAAGAGGAUGAGAAGAAGAAGAAAAAGAAGAAGGGCAGUAUGGACAGUGACAAUGAUGAUUCUGACUGCCCCUACUCAGAAAAAGUCCCAAGUAUUAAAAUACCAAUGGACAUCAUGGAGCAGGAACCUUUCCUAAGUGAUAGCAAACCUGCUGACACAGAAAAAUCACCAACAUUCCUUGAACGCCACACAUCGUGCUGAUACAAUUCCCUUCCUUCAAUCACAUGCCAUGCCAAGCCCUCCACGAACUCCAGUAAAAGUUGUGCCUCAAAUUAGAAUAGAACUUGAUCCUGAAGACAAUGGUUAUUUCUGGAGGAGCAAGGGAACAGAAACUACUUUGUAAUUUGUCUGUCUGUCCGAUCUUUUACCAGUUCAUUUUGUCACUAGCCAAAUGUUGAGAAGCUCCCUGCUCCCAGCGGCGAAGGUAACGGGGCCCGCCCUGCCCCUCCCUGCCCACGCCCUCGGUGUUUCCCGGACUCCUCCUGCCUGGCUGCGGGGGCAGCAGCGCUCCGGGCCCGCCUGAGCCCCGCGGGAACGCCGGGAGCCGCUGUCUGUCUGUCUGCAGAGCCCAGCUGACCUCCAGGCUCAUUCCGUGUCUGCUCCCACUGCUGGAACGUGCUGCUAACCCUCGUGUAGGUAAAAGAGAAGGUACUUCACUCCCAGCACAGACAGACCAUUGCCAUCGCUGUAGCAUGUUUGGAAACGUCCCUUUCCUAUGCAAUUUUUUUUAAAGAAACACUUUAAUGGACUUAAUCCAUCAGGUACAUGGAAGAGUGUUAUUUUCCUAGAUUAUUUUGUUUAAAUUAUGGGGGCCUAACCUACGACUUUUUUUUUUUUUUUGACAAUUUUUUUAACCUUUUUUUAAUUACUGUAAAGAAAAAUGAAUUUUUUUCCUGCAGCAGGAAACAUAUAGUUAUGAGUAGUUCUACCUCUUAUUUCUAGAUGCAAGGCUUUCUGUAAAAAAUGUAUUGUACCAUAUAUAAUGUGAUUUUUACAAGAAACAAACCCAUGACAUCACACUGCAAUCUCCAGGAUGUGGCACAGGGCUGGAUCAGUUCAAUUAACACCUUGUGCUCCGAAGCAUCUGUUUUUCUUAGGGUUAAGUUGGUUCUUGGAGUUUUUUGUAAUGAGCGAUCCCUGCUGUGAAAGAGAUUUAAAUCUCUUGUGAUCUUAGAAGAGCCUGAAUGGACAGCUGCUGGUUCUAUCCCUGUUGUUGAUUUCUGACCUGGGAUGGCUCUGUGGUUUUCUUGGAACACCAGUAUGUCUGUAUGUGCAGUGAGAAGAGCCAAGGUGUGC